CUCACUCUCCAACCAGCACCAGCACAAGCACACACAUCAUGGCCCUCAACCCCCGCCGCACCGCCCUCCUCAUCUGCGACGUGCAGGAGCGCUUCCGCGGCGCGAUCCACCAGUUCGACGCGGUGGCUACCACCAUCAACCGCAUGCUCAAGGCGGCGGCUCUCAAGGUCAUCACGACCGAGCAGAACCCCAAAGCACUCGGGCACACCAUCUCCGAGCUGCAGACGACGAUCAACGCGCUCCCCGCACACCUCAACCUGGGGACGUACGAGAAGUCCAAGUUCUCGAUGCUCACCCCCGAGGUGUGCAAGGUGCUCGGGGGGCGUUUCGCGACGCUCGCCGACCCGAAUGCGAAGGUUGACCCCGAGGGCAUUGAGCGCAUCAUUGUCGUCGGUAUCGAGUCCCACGUCUGUGUGCUCCAGACGUCGCUCGAGGCCGCGCGCCUCUCGGCCAAGGACGGCGGCCCUGCCCCGAUCGUCAUCGCCGACGCCGUCUCGAGCGUCAAUGCCCCCGAGGUGCCGAUUGCGCUUGCGCGCCUGCGCGCCGCCGGCGUCGACGUCGGCUCGUCCGAGUCAGUCCUCUUCCAGCUCAUGGGCGACGCGGGCCAGCCCAACUUCCGCGAGUUCCAGCGUCUGAUCAAGGGCGAGAUUGACAACACCAAGGCGAGCCUCAAGGCCCUGCUCUAGACUCACGCGCGCGUGUCAUGGUUGUAUGGUAUGCACA